GGAUGUUGAGAAAGUUCUCAUCUCGCCAGAUUGUGUUAUGUGGGUUUUGCUUUUGUCUCCUCUUCGUGCUUCUAAAUAUUGUCCUCUACCUUGACUUCUUGCCUACUUAUGUUCCAGAUGCAAAAUACGAUAUAAAUAGUUUAGUGGACGCCUCCCAGUGUCCCGCUUGCUAUGGAGUAUUUUCAUCGUGCCGAGAGUUCAAAAUGGAAAAAAUGAGUCAUGGUCACGUCUUCUUCGGCACCUUUCGCAAUCAACCUGCAGUGGCGAAAACAGUGAAAAACAGAGACGAAAAAUGUGCUCUGUUGGCCAAGUGGAUAGGCGGAGAGCAUAAAUGCGAAGACAAACGUGCAUACCAAGAACUGGAAAGAACUUACAAAAAAGGACUGGAAAUGAAGUUUUUGGAAACCUUUGGAUUAUGUCCGUCGAGAAGAUUGCAUAGGCAAAUGUCACCAAACGAUUUUUACACGUUGGUUUUCGAUUACUCAUUGUUUCUCAGUUUGAGAUCGUCGAUUUUUGGUUUAAUGAAUAUUUUUCCUGGAAUCAUUUCCGUUUGUCCACAGAUAUCAGUAGUUCAAAACAUGGGAAAACCUUUGGAGAGUUUCGAGAAAUCUAGUUUGGUGAGUCGAUACAGAAUUAGCUUCGAGGCGCUAAAGUUAGCUGAAACGUUGUCAGACACAAAAAGUGGUUUCAUUCUGUAUAUGACGGAUACAGCGCUGGAUAACUUAGUUUGGACAAGUGACGGGAGAGUCGUGCCUGUAGAUUUAGACGAUAUUCACGCGGUAGAUAUACGUGAAGUUAAGGAGCCAGAUGGUUAUUACAUCCAUAAACAUGAAGCUUGUUCCAAUGAUUGUGUUAGAUACGCACCCAGUGAGUUGUGCAAAUAUGGAUCCGGUGAUUUAAAUUAUUAUUUGAUGUGUAAACAUGUUGUGAACAAAUUGAUUUUCUACGACGCCGAUGAAGAUUUGUUGGAUGUUUUGGAAAAGUGUGUCUCAGAUGGAAAAGAGCGUAAGCGUGAACAGCAUGUGAAAAAGCUAAAGAAUGAACUUUUUUACAGGUUGAGUCAUACAGGAAUACCUGUUGAGUUGAAUUUCGUCACAUCUGAAAUAAAGAACGGAUACUGAUAGCUUUUCAGACUUAUUUCAAGCAAAUAACUAAAGAUUACACAAUAAAUUGCUUUGAGCUAAAUGUGCAUUAGAUUUUGGUGCAUUUGAUUUUCGUAAAUUAUGUUAAACGCACUAGCAGGGUUAAAUUGUCCUUAAAAAGUUUAUUUAUUUGUAUAUCUAGUUCAUUUUAUGCCGCUUAUGUUCAGCCAUAUCAAUUUGUAAUUCAA